AUGGCCAACAAUGGCACGACCAAUGGAGACGCACUUCACGACGAACAAGAACACCUCACACUCUGGCAAGCAGCAAAGACAUUCCCCCGAAUCGUCCUAUUUUCUCUCGCAGCGGGCGUAGCAGGCAUGACCUUUGGCUACGAUGUGGUCAUCAACGGCGCCGCAAUCGCCAUGCCCAGCUUCCUCAUCUACUUUGGCGCAGUGACACCAAACCACACACUGUACUUGCCUAGCAUCUGGGCAUCGUUGUUCAGCGCCAUGUCUGCACUUGGGCAAGCCGUCGGUGGCAUUGCGGUCGCUCCUCUGUCUGACAAGUAUGGCAGGAAGGUCGCCAUUAUCGUGUCGUGCCUUAUCUCUGUCGUCGGAGUCGGGCUCCAGUAUGGUGCAACAUCUCGCGGCAUGAUCCUGGCAGGCAAAGUGGUCAACGGAUUUGCCAUCGGCGGUAUUCUGAGUUCCGGAACUGCAUGGGCUUCAGAAAUUUCACCUGCCUGCUUGCGCGGUCCGAUACAGUCUGGCAUCGUGCUCUUCCAAGUUCUCGUGCAAGCGCUCGCUUUGGUCGUGGUUCGUCAGCAUAUUGCUAGCAUCGAGCCAAGCGCUUUUCGCACCGUUUUCGCCAUACAAUGGGCUUUCUGUGGACUUACUUGCAUCUUGUUCUUCCUGGUACCGGAAAGUCCCACUUGGUUGAUCAUCAAGGGACGUCAGGAUCAAGCUAAAAAGGCCGUCGCUCAAUUGUAUGGAGGAAAAAACAAUCCUGAAGCCUGGUACGAGUCGAUCGCGAGCAGAGUCCGCCAGGAAGCUGCUCAAGAGCACGCCUCGGGUAUCGGCGGUUACCUUGAACUGUACCGCGGCAGCAACCUCAAGAGGACCAUGACAGUGCAUCUCUUGUUCUUUGGCAUUGGUCUUGCCGGCUCAUCCUUCUUGGCUCAAAGCAUUUACUUCCUCCUCACUGCAGGACUACCGGCCAUCCACACUUUCGAUGUUUCCAUCGGUGGCUUUGCCCUUGCAUUCUUUGCCAUCAUCGCGUCUUGGGUUCACCUCGAGAAGGUUGGUCGUAGAUCGCUCUGGUUGGUCGGCUGUACCGUCAACACGGUGGUCAUGGCAGUUAUCGGCGGCUUGUACUGGGCACCAGGAAAGGGAGCUCUUUGGGCCAUUGCGAUUUUGAUGAAUAUCUUAGUAUGCUGGCAAAGUACAACCCUCACUUCUGUCGCCUUCGUCAUUGCCGGAGAGAUUUCUCCAUACCGCUUGCGCUCAAAGAACCAAGCGAUUGCGAUUCUCUCAAAUGCGCUCACCACCUGGCUCUUCAACUUUGUCGUACCUUACAUGUACAACAUCGAUAGUGGAGACCUCGGCGCAAGGACUGCGUUGGUGUUCGCUGGGUCUUCGUUGGUGCUUUCCCUAGUCUCUUAUCCGCUCAUUCCUGACCUGAGGGGUUUGACAACUGCGGAGAUUGAUUGGUUGUACGAGAACAAAAUUGCGCCAAAAAAGUUCCAGCAGUACACGGAUGGAAGAGCGGCUGAAGGAGUUGUGGCAACGGCUGCAGAAGGAAAAGCUGCCACUGUGUGA